ACAAUAAAAGUGUCUUUUUAUUACCCAAAAUGAUUAAUUUUCAAUAAAUUUUUUUCUAAUGAAAUGAUCUCAAAUAAAAAAUAAUCCCAAUUCGACCCUUCUUGUUCUCUAUCCCUCUCUGGAGUACACAGCUUGAUACUCUGAAAGUGCAAACGCUUCUUUAAUUUCUCUCUCUCUCUGUGAGAUCCAAAAGUUCUUCCACAGAUACGAAAGCGUUUUAUCCGCUCUUUAGAUUCUCUCUUGGAAACCCACUAUAGUGGAUGUGAUCUAUGAAACACCAUUUUCCAGUUGCAUUUACGGACCUUCGCCAUUGUUGACCAGACCACUCUAAGCUUUCUUUAUUUCGCCUCUCCUUUUUAUUCCUUCCAAUCCAAAGAUAUUAACUUUGUGUCCAAAGCUGCUUACUUUGGCCGCAAAUUUGUGAUCUUUGCCUUUCUUUUGAUUUGGGGUUGGAGUCUUUACGCUUGAAUUUAGGUUUAUUAGGUUGAUUUGGUAUUGAGUAUCUGCGUCUUUUCUUGCUGAAUCUGUACUUUGCAGUUGAAAUUGUUGAGGCGAUUGGGUUUCCGGGUCCUUUUCGUUUUGGUGGAUUUGGAGUUGUCUCGACUGGGUAUUCUUUGAUCUUGCGAUUCGAUUUGGAGGGCGAAGUCAAUCGUGCUUCCUCGAUUUGAUUUAUUAAUUUGAAGGGUUUGAUGCUUCCUUGCCAAGAUGCAGCAUGAUCAAAGAAGGAAGUCGUUAGUGGAUGUGGACUUCUUCACUGAAUAUGGUGAGGGUAGCAGGUACAGAAUAGAGGAAGUAAUUGGCAAAGGUAGCUAUGGGGUUGUUUGUUCUGCGUACGACACGCAUACCGGAGAAAAGGUUGCAAUUAAGAAAAUCAAUGAUAUCUUUGAACACGUCUCUGAUGCCACUCGCAUACUUCGUGAAAUUAAACUUCUUAGACUCUUGCGCCAUCCAGAUAUUGUGGAGAUCAAGCACAUCUUGUUGCCUCCUUCCCGGAGGGAAUUUAAGGAUAUUUAUGUUGUCUUUGAACUUAUGGAAUCUGAUUUACACCAGGUGAUAAAAGCAAACGAUGAUUUAACCCCAGAACAUUAUCAGUUCUUUCUUUAUCAGCUUCUUCGAGGCCUGAAAUACAUACAUACAGCAAAUGUCUUUCAUCGGGAUCUGAAGCCUAAAAACAUCUUAGCCAAUGCCGACUGCAAACUCAAAAUUUGUGACUUUGGUCUUGCAAGAGUAGCUUUUAAUGAUACUCCUACUGCAAUAUUUUGGACAGAUUACGUUGCAACAAGGUGGUAUAGAGCUCCUGAAUUAUGUGGAUCCUUUUUCUCUAAGUACACACCUGCCAUAGAUAUAUGGAGCAUCGGGUGUAUCUUUGCAGAACUUUUAACGGGGAAGCCUCUUUUUCCUGGUAAAAACGUUGUCCAUCAGUUGGAUCUGAUGACUGAGCUGUUGGGAACGCCUUCUUCUGAAGCUAUAGCCAGGGUACGCAAUGAGAAAGCUCGGAGAUACUUAAGCAGCAUGCGGAAGAAGAAGCCCAUUCCCUUCCCGCAGAAGUUCCCUAAUGCUGAUCCACUUGCACUUCGGCUGCUGGAAAAGAUGCUGGCAUUUGAACCCAAGGAUCGGCCUACUGCUGAAGAGGCUCUUGCGGAUCCAUAUUUUAAGGGUUUGGCCAAAGUUGAGAGAGAACCUUCUGCCCAACCAGUUUCCAAAAUGGAAUUUGAAUUUGAGAGACGAAGGAUAAUGAAGGAAGAUGUACGAGAGCUCAUUUACAGAGAAACUCUUGAAUACCAUCCUAAAAUGUUGAAAGAGUACUUAGAAGGAUCAGAGCCAACAAGCUUCAUGUAUCCAAGUGCUGUUGACCAUUUCAAGAAACAAUUUGCUUACCUUGAGGAGCACUAUGGAAAUGGCACAGCUGUUACUCCCCCUGAGAGGCAACAUGCAUCGUUGCCCAGGUCUUGCGUUUUAUAUUCAGAUAGCUCAAUACAUAAUUCAGCAGAGAUCACAAAAGACCUGUCCAACUGUUGCAUCACAGAAAAUGAGAAGCCACGGAUGGACAGGAGUUCUGGGAUCCCCAUGACCAGACUUCCUCUUCAAGUUCCUCAAAGUAUCCAAGCUGGUGCUGCAAGACCUGGGAAAGUUGUAAGUUCGGUAAUGCGUUAUAACAAUUGUGGGGCGGCAGCUGCUGCUGAGGCUCUUGAUCAGCGAAGGAUUGUUAGAAAUUCUGCAGUUCCAGCUCAAUUUGCUGCCUCAACAUAUACAAGAAGAAACCCUGACUGUAAAAACAAUAAAGGAGAAGACGAAGAGGUUGGAGGUUCUAAUGGAUUGCAGCCAAAGCCACAGUACAUGGCUCGGAAAGUCGCCGCAGCUCAAGGUGGAUCUGGAAGUCAAUGGUAUUGAUUCUACUGUGUUCUUUCUGUGAACUCAACUGCUACAUCCAAAUUCUUCGGUAGCAGUCAUCAACCACAGUCCGCAGAUCAUCCCAGGUCCAUACGUUAUGGAUGGAAAAUUCAAAGACCCGAGUGGUAUGCUUUCAUGGCAAAUUAAAAGAUGUGAGUAGUAUGAUUUCAUGACUGUAACAUGUUGCAGGGGGCUAAAAUGUUUGAAGUUUGUUCCUCUUAUCGGAGGAAAUCCAUCGAUAAGCUGUCGCUAGGCACUAACCCAAGUGUAGAAUGGGUCCUAUGGUGCCAACAAUUCAGGACACUAGCUUCUCUCCUGUUCUUCAAUAACGGUGGCACCGUAGUUUUUUCUACUAAGUUAUUUCUGUUCUUUCCUUGAUUCUUUUCAAAAUAGGAAUUUGUGAUUAUUUAGUCCUCCGACUGUAACAACAAUCUAUGCCCUUUGUGUCAAUUAUCACAAGAAAACUCUUACCCAUUUCUAGUUUGUGAGAUUACCAUUUUGACCCA